UUUUCGGUAUAUGCUUCGCUAACGAUGUCGUUGAUGGAAAUUCAUCGAAGCAAUGAAUCAUUUUGGCGUCGCGGAUCGUACAUGUUGCUGCUGCUGCUGCUAGUGGCAUUGUCAUUGCUGUUGCAAGUAGAGGCAGCAACAACAGCGACAACAGCUAGCGAAACGCAAACGAGUGCAACUAAUGGUGCAAUUAGACAGCAGCAGCAAGGGGCAGACGUGCAACAAGACAAUGUAACAGCAGCAGCAACAGCAGCGGCAGCAGCAGCAGCGGCAGCAACAGCAACAAUUGCUGGCAGCGAAAGCCAAAUGCCAGGCAAUUCAGCAGAAAUUUUGAGCGCCGGAGAUGUGGAUGUGGUUGCCGAGAAGCCCACCACAUACCGGCCCACAGGCAGCAAUCGCCCUUCGAUUGCCACACAGAGCUCGGCGCAGGAGCGAGAGCGCAAGCUGCUGAAUGUGCUGGCUGCUCGUCGCACGGCUCUGCACCGUGGCAACUUUCGCAAUCGCAUCGGUACGACCGGACGCAGCGCCACCUCUCCAUCGGCUGCCGUGGAGAGCACUUCGAAGGCGCCAAGCGAUCCACGCUCCGUGUGCAUACGCAACUGCACCAAGAACUUCACACGUCGCACCACCGCCAGCUGCAUGCGGCAAUGCGCCAAUUUCACGCGCAUGGCUAUGGCUGGCACUGUCAGCAGCAAUAACAGCAGCUCUGUGGUGCUGCGUGCGCCUAGCAAGGCGGCGGUGGCCACGGGGGAAAGGGACACCAAUGAGAUCCUCUUCAGCGAUGAGUCGUCGCAUGGACUCUUUGUGGUGGCCAAGGAGCAGAACGAUACGCUUAACCACAUAGCGGAUGGCGCUGUUAAGCAGCGUGGCCGUGGCAAGCCAGUGGCCUCGCUGCAGCAAACGCAGGAGGAGGACGAUGAGGAGGAAGAGGAUGGAGAGCUGCAGCCGUAUCUUUACUUUGGCUCUAAGCUGCCGCCUAUCAAACCUGGCGCACUGACUAUCACCCCCGCCGAGGGCGAUGAUGAGCAUCCACGCGUGCUGGAGAUUUCUGUGAGUCAGAUCAGCAGCAGCACCACCACCAGCACCACCACGGCGGAGCCAACAACAGAGUCCACCGUGAAGCCCACCAUCUCAACGCGCCGCCCACUAACUGCUGUGGAGCGUAGUCGCAGUCGCUAUAAAUAUCACAUGCGUGAGCGUGGUAUUGUUGCACCACCAGCUGCACCAGCAGCUGCUCCACCAGUUGCUAUUAGCAGAACACGCUACGUGGGCUCUGGGCGACCCACAGCCGGCUUGGCUGAGAGUUCAGUGGAGCAGAAGUCAGCUGAAGCGGAGCCUGUGGUGGUGCGUCGAGUGGUUACCAAGCCACAGACAUCCUCUACACCACUCAUAAUCACAGUGCUGAGCGCUGAGGAUGAGACAACCAUGGGGCAAGUGGUGCCCGAGGUGCAGCCAGAGCCAAGCACCACGAGCACAAGCAGCACUAGCUCCACCAGCAGCACAACGAGCACGACAAGCACCAGCACAAGCACAACCUCAACUACAACCACCACCACCGAACCACCUAGUACCACUAAAAGGCCAAGCACAACAACGACUAGCAGCACAACUACUAGCACCACAACGACGAGCACUACGCCUUCGACGACGACAAGCACGACAACGAGCACCACUACAACCACCAGCAAUCCAGUGACAACCACAGCUGCCACCACAACCACACUGUCGGCCAAGCACAUGACCAUCAUCGAGGAGGAUAAGGAACGACUGCGCGCCUUAGGACCGUCACUCACGCAGGAGAUCAACAUCGAGGAUCAGAAUAAUUUGAUAAUCUUUUGCAACAGCACCGCCAACUGUGAGGCGACACCACGCACCACACAGUACGCACCAACCACCGACUCCAGUUCGGGCUCCAAAAUACUGCGCACCACAGUAUUGACAUCUGUGCGCUCCACGGUCAAUCCACGCACCACCAGUCCAGCAAGUCCGGUGAAGGCGCCCAUUGGCAAUGUUUUCAUUGGAAUUGUGGAGUCCUCUGCCUCCUCCUCCACAGCUGCCUCUGAUAUUAGCUCCACAGCUAUUGCAGAGGAGCGCGACGUGGGCAUGGAGAUGCGGCGCAUGAAUCUGGUCACAUUGGUGCUGGUGGCGGUGGGUGUGGUGCCACUGGUAGCCAUUGUCAUGUAUAUGGUGCGCAACUAUGUGGUGCGAAGGCAGGCCAAGCAGGACGACGUGUUCGAUGUGUGCAUCACAGAUCAGCAGCCCAUAAGUCCGGUGAAGAAAGUGGACUCCAAAUAUCAGCUAGAGCUGGACGAAGAUGAGGUCGAUCAUCAUCAGCAACAGCAGCAGCAGCAGCAGCAGCACUUACAGCGCGAUGCGAAUCACAAUCGCUACGAGGACAAAUCGUCCUUGGCCAGCGAGUAUCACGAGUUCGAGCGCAGCAACAUACGCUUGAAGAGUCUUCUGGGCGAGGGCAACUUUGGCCAAGUGUGGAAGGCGGAGGCUGAUGAUCUGAGUGGACACUUUGGCGCCACAAGGAUUGUGGCUGUAAAGACCAUACGCGCCUGCAGCGCCCAGGUGAGCCUCAAGGAUGAGGCCAACAUCAUGCGCAAGCUGGGCUCCCAUCAGAACGUGGUCACACUUCUGGGAGCAUGCGUCGAGAGCGAGCCCCACAUGCUAAUCAUGGAGUAUGCGAUGCGCGGACGUCUGCUCUCGCUGCUGCGUGCCGCACGUAGUGCCACGAAUAUUCUGCCCGCCUCAGUGCCAGGUGGACGCAGCCUGGCGCCUCUCUCGCCGCGCACUCUAGCGGGCUUUGCUUUGGAUAUUGCCUGCGGCAUGGAGUACAUAGCCGGGCACAGGAUUGUCCAUCGCGAUCUGGCUGCGCGCAAUGUCCUGCUCGAUCACAAUGGCAUGUGCAAGAUUUGCGAUUUUGGCAUGUCCAUUGAUCUGGAUGCGGAGCGCAUGCGCAAGGAGCAGGAGAAGAAUGCUGCGAACGACAUAAUGCGCAGCAAUGCGCACAAAUUCAAAUUCGACUUUGGCAGUCGCUACAUACUGCAGCACUGGCAGCAGACCUUUGGCCAGCCAGCCGGCGGCUGCUCCAAGGAUCAAACGUCGUCCGAGAAGAAGCAUCAUGGCCACGACACAAUUGGCAAAAGGCAUGCACUGCCCAUACGCUGGAUGGCACCGGAGAGUCUACAGUUCCACAUGUUCACCACCGAAACGGACAUCUGGGCCUUUGGCAUUGUGCUCUGGGAGAUUGCCACCUUGGGCUCUACGCCCUACUCGCACCUGACGGGCCGUGAGGUCAUUCGCCGUGUGCCGCAGGGCCUGCGUCCGGAACUGCCAAAGGAGAGCCGGCACGAGUUCUACAAUCUGAUGUCCCGCUGCUGGCACAAGGAGCCGCAUAUGCGACCCUCCUUCGCACAGUCGCGCCUGGAAAUCACCCGCUCGCUGCACAAGUGGGUGGAGGACGAUUCCGCCGCCUCCGAUUACAUGGAUGUGAGCGGCUUCAGUGAGGAUCUCGAGCAUGGCGUUGUCUACUUCAACCAUCGCAUCUCAGAGUUUGAGUGCGAGAUAUGACGUUGACUGAAUCACCCCAUCCACCAAACCUCCAUCAGCAUCCACCUGCACACCACGUCGCCAUUGCCCACCAACUAAUAUAUGUAAAUCAGGCUCAUUCACACACACACUCAC